AUUCUAACGUUACCUGUAUUGUGGUGCAUGAACUGUGAUUAUGAAACCUGAAUCUCUGAAUCAAUGGAAGUGAGAAGAAACAAAAGCAAUGCACAAACCAAUCCCACGAAAGCUUAUCAUCAGAGCUGUCAACACUUGGACUUUAGCCAUAAAAAAUGCUUCCUCUCCUCAUCAAGCCUUGGACCUUUACACUCGAAUGCAUCGCCAAUCGGUUCCUUUCAAUAGUUUCUCAAUUCUCUUCACUCUCAAGUCAUGUGCUCCUUUGAAGAACCCCAGCCUCAUUUCCCACCUCCAUUGUCAUAUAUUGAAAUUGGGUUUCGUUUCCCAUGUAUAUGUUGCCACUUCUUUGCUGAAUGCGUACGUUGUUUAUUGUUUUGAUGACGCGUGCAAAUUGUUCGAUGAAAUUCCUGACCGAAACAUCAUUACCUGGAAUACCAUGAUAACUGGGUAUUCGCGGUCUGGGGAUGUGAAUAAAGCGUAUGCCUUGUUCAAGGCGAUGCCUUUGAGGGAUGUUGCUUCUUGGUCUGCAAUGAUUGCGGGUUUUAUGAAUAACAGGGAAAGGAGAUGUGGGUUCGGUUGUUUUCGAGAAAUGGUGGCAAAUGGGAGGUGCCAACCUGAUGAAGUUUCCGUGGGAUCGGUUCUAUCGGGUUGUGCUCACAUGGGUUCUCUUGGAUUGUUGUUGGGAAGAUCGGUCCAUGCAUUUGUAGCUAAAAAUGGGUGGAACUUGACUGUCGAAAUCGGCACGGUUUUGGUAAAUAUGUAUGCUAAGUGUGGUUUUUUGAAGUAUGCUUGUAUAGUUUUCAAUGCUAUGCAACAAAGGAAUAUAAUGACUUGGACGGCAUUGAUUUGUGGAUCCGCACAACAUGGCUACAGCGACGAGGCACUGUCGAUCUUCGAAGCAAUGCAAGACAUGGGAGUGAAGCCAAACGAGAUGACAUUCACGGGCGUUCUCAAUGCAUGUGCGCGUAAAGGUUUAGUAGAGGAAGGCCACAAGUAUUUCAAUAUGAUCGAACAAUAUGGUUUGGAGCUUAGGAUUCACCACUACGGUUGCAUGGUUGACUUGUAUGGCAAGGCAGGUUUUCUAGAAGAAGCCUAUCGGGUUAUCAGAACAAUGAAAAUUGAACCCAAUGUCGUUAUCUGGAGCUCCUUUCUGUCUGCUUGUAAGGAUCAUAAGCAGUUUCAGAUGGCUGACCGAGUGAUCAAGCAAGUCAUGGAAACGGUAAAGCCAAAGAGCGAUGGCGGCGUUUAUUCGCUUAUAUCCGAUUUAUAUGUUCUGAAUGAGAAAUGGGAUGAUGCAGAAAGAGUCAGGAAACUAAUGGUUAAUCAAAAUGUGAGGAAGACUAGGGGCUCCAGUUUUAUUAGGAGUUCUUGAAUUCUGGAAAGCAAUUAGUUUCUUCUUAAGAUUUAUGUU